AUGGCCACCAAAUCCGCUGCCUCCGUCGUCGACUGGUCCAAGAUCUACACCGGUCUCGGCCUCGACAAGCACACCGUCACCGCCCUCCAAUCCUUCCGUGCCCGACACACCGCCGCCAUCAACAAGAAUUCGGCCCUUAAGAGCACCGUCCCCGAGCUCGACCUCGCCCAGUACAAGAGCGUGUUGAAGGACCAGCAGGCCGUCAACCUCGCCGAGAAGGUCUUGGGCGAGUUCAAGGCUGUCGACUAUGAUGUCAGCAAGUGGAACGGUGUUGUGGACGCUUUCGAGGGCAAGGCAGUCGCCGCCGCCAAGGAGACCGUCUCCAAGAUCUCCGCCGAGGAGUCUUCCCUCCAAGCCACCCUCUCCAACAUCAAGGACGCCCGACCUUUCGAGGACCUUACCGUUGACGAGGUCUCCAAGGCCAGGCCCGAAAUCGCCAAGGCUGUCGAGACUAUGGUUAAGAAGGGAAAGUGGACUGUCCCCGGUUACAGGGAGAAGUUUGGCGAUCUCUCUAUGAUGUAA